CCGGCCGCGGGUGAUUGACAGUUGCCAUGGCAACAGGCUCGCCCCGCCGCCAUUUUGUCAGUUGGGUUUUUUUUUUAAAUUUAAAAAAAAAAAGUAAUAAUUAAAAAAAAAAAAAAAGAAAAAAACCACCGAAGCGCUGUCUUUUCCCGCCAGAAUCGCGAGGUUUAUUGGUUUAUUAUUUUUUAAUUUCUCUUUUUCUUUUGCGCUUUCUCCUUGUUUCGACCUCCAACCGCGAAAGGAAAAGGAAAAAGAAAGGGACGCAAGAAAAAAAAAAAAAAGUGCGCUCCGAGGGUCCCGCCGGGGAUGCGCGGACGGGACUGAGGCGGCGGCGGUGCGGGAAGCGGAGCCGUGUUGUUUGCUGCUGGACUCCCCCUGUCCCCACAACCCCGCAGGAUGAUAUGAGACUUGAAAGAAGACGAUGCAUACAGGAGGAGAGACUUCAGCAUGCAAACCUUCAUCUGUUCGGCUUGCACCAUCGUUUUCAUUCCAUGCUGCUGGCCUUCAGAUGGCUGGACAGAUGUCCCACUCCCAUCAGCAGUACAGUGACCGGCGGCCGCAGAACAUCAGUGACCAGCAGGUUUCUGCCUUAUCCUACGCUGAGCAGCUCGAGCAGCCACUCCCACUGACAAACCAGAGGCGGAUGCCCCAAACUUUCCGUGAUCCAGCCACUGCUCCUCUGAGGAAACUCUCCGUAGAUUUGAUCAAAACAUACAAGCAUAUUAAUGAGGUUUACUAUGCAAAAAAAAAACGGCGGCAUCAGCAGGGCCAAGGAGAUGAUUCCAGUCACAAAAAGGAGAGGAAGGUUUACAACGAUGGAUAUGAUGAUGACAACUACGAUUAUAUUGUGAAAAAUGGGGAGAAGUGGAUGGAUCGUUAUGAAAUCGACUCUUUAAUAGGCAAAGGAUCCUUUGGACAGGUUGUCAAGGCCUAUGACCGAAUGGAGCAGGAGUGGGUGGCCAUCAAAAUCAUCAAAAACAAGAAGGCUUUCUUAAACCAGGCCCAGAUUGAAGUGAGACUGCUUGAGCUUAUGAACAAACAUGACACUGAGAUGAAGUACUACAUAGUGCAUUUGAAGCGUCACUUCAUGUUCCGGAACCACCUGUGCUUGGUGUUCGAGAUGUUGUCCUACAACCUGUACGACCUGCUGAGGAACACCAACUUCAGGGGGGUGUCCCUGAACCUCACCAGGAAGUUUGCCCAGCAGAUGUGCACAGCUCUGCUCUUCCUGGCCACCCCCGAGCUCAGCAUCAUUCACUGUGACCUAAAACCCGAGAACAUCCUGCUCUGCAACCCCAAACGCAGCGCCAUCAAGAUCGUGGAUUUCGGCAGCUCGUGUCAGCUCGGCCAGAGGAUAUACCAAUAUAUCCAGAGUCGUUUUUAUCGAUCACCAGAGGUGCUACUGGGAAUGCCUUAUGAUCUUGCAAUUGAUAUGUGGUCCCUUGGGUGUAUUUUAGUGGAGAUGCACACUGGAGAGCCUCUCUUUAGUGGGGCAAACGAGGUGGAUCAGAUGAAUAAAAUAGUGGAAGUUUUGGGGAUACCACCUACCCACAUCCUCGACCAAGCACCAAAAGCAAGAAAGUUCUUUGAGAAGUUGCCAGAUAGCACUUGGAACUUGAAGAAGACCAAAGAUGGAAAAAGGGAAUACAAACCACCCGCGACUCGCAAACUUCACAAUAUCCUGGGAGUUGAGACAGGAGGACCAGGCGGGCGCCGGGCUGGGGAACCGGGUCAUACUGUAGCCGACUACUUGAAGUUCAAAGACCUCAUCUUAAGGAUGCUUGACUAUGACCCCAAGACACGGAUCCAGCCCUACUAUGCCCUGCAGCACAGUUUCUUCAAGAAAACAGCGGAUGAAGGUACAAACACGAGUAACAGCGUGUCCACCAGUCCUGCCAUGGAGCAGUCGCAGUCUUCGGGAACCACCUCUAGUACAUCUUCAAGCUCAGGUGGAUCUUCCGGAACGAGCAACAGCGGGAGGGCACGGUCGGACCCCACACACCAGCAUCGACAUAGUGGUGGGCACUUCACUGCUGCUGUUCAAGCAAUGGACUGUGAAACACACAGCCCACAGGUUCGACAGCAGUUUCCUCCCCCGAUUGGUUGGACGGCCACCGAAGCUCCGACACAGGUCACUGUUGAAAACCACCCAGUCCAAGAAACCACCUUCCAUGUAAACCCUCAACAACAGAAUGCAUUACAUCAUCACCAUGGCAACAGCUCCCACCACCACCACCAUCACCACCACCACCACCACCACCAUGGACAGCAAGCCUUGGGCAGCCGGACCAGGCCGAGAGUCUACAAUUCUCCAACAAACAGCUCCUCCACCCAGGAUUCUAUGGAGGUGGGCCACAGUCACCACUCCAUGACAUCCCUGUCUUCCUCAACUACUUCUUCCUCUACAUCUUCCUCCUCUACUGGUAACCAAGGCAAUCAGGCCUAUCAGAACCGCCCAGUGGCUGCUAAUACCUUGGACUUUGGACAGAACGGAGCGAUGGACAUGAAUUUAACAGUCUACUCUAAUCCGCGCCAAGAAACGGGCAUAGCUGGACAUCCCACGUACCAGUUCUCUGCUAACACAGGUCCUGCUCAUUACAUGACUGAAGGACACCUUGCCAUGAGGCAAGGCAUUGAUAGAGAAGAGUCUCCCAUGACAGGAGUUUGUGUUCAGCAAAGUCCUGUGGCUAGCUCGUGACUAAACUGAAACUAAGUUUGUUUCUUGUGUGUUUUUAUAGAAGUGGUGUUUUUCCAAAAAAAAAAAAAAAAAACAAAGUGCAAAGCUGCUUGAAUCAGAAGGAGAUAAACUCACUGAACCGCUACAGGAGGGCAAAGUUGACUAUUUUUUUAAACUUGAAAAGAUUGCAAAGGGACAAUGAAGUUUUUUUUUUGUUGUUGGUUUUUUUUUUGGGGGGGGUGGGGGGGAGGUUUUUCGGUUGGAAUUUUUUUUUUUUGGAUUUUUUUUUUUUUUUUAAGAGCCAUGUCUGGACCCACCUUAACGAAUAGCUUAGUGGUGUUCACCUUUUGCUUCCCCCAUUUUAACUUGCCACAACCUCUAGUCAUAGUUUGGUUUUUUUUGGGGGGGAGGGGUUUUGGUUUGGUUUUUUUUUUUUCUUUUUUUUCUUUUUUUUGCUCUCAUUCAACAGGGGGUUAUUGUUCAAACGUUAGUCGUAGUCGCAAACUAGUUUUCUUUUUAAAGGCAUUGCACAUGGUUUCUGAGAAAAGGCCCUUUGAAGUUUUUCGGGUGGGAGGGGGGAGUGAGUUAAUAUAUAUAUUUUUUUUUAGUUCCCCAAACAAACAUGGGCACAGAAAUGCAGUACUGUAAGCAAGAGGGACCUUCAGAUCACACAAACCUAUAACUCCUUCAGCUGUAAAAAGGGACGGUUGUGACGGAGCUGGUGAGGCACACUGAGCAUGCGAAGUGGCGGUGAGCAGAACUCUCCUUUUCUGAAUCUACUGAGGAUCAAAGCAGCAAUUUGUGAUGGGAUUCUGUGGGUCCCACCUUUUGGAGACCGCAGGCAGUUUAGUGUUGGAAUAUGACUGGUUUCAUAACUGAGGUGCACUGAGAAGCAAUCAACGGGUCGGUCCUGGCCAGUCCUGGGGAGGUCUAAGUGGUGGUCUUUGGGAUAACCUUUGGCCUUAUGGAUUUGGACUCUUAAGUUAGAAGAGCCUACCAUUUCAGAUGCAAUCACUUUUGGACAUGCUUUUGCAGACAGUCCUUAAUGCUGAAAACACAGAGAAUGGGUAAUUCAAGAGGCCUUUCUUUUAAAAAAUAGACUUUUGUGACCCACUUAUUGUAAGGUAUUGCAAGGUCACUUUGCGUGUGUCAUAAAGUUGACUUCCUUAUUGGUUGAAGGUCACAGGAGUAGUGGUUUGCUUUGAUGGAAAUAGCUACAACUGUGUCCCUUCCUGCUUUUUACUUUUUUCUUUUGCUUUUUUCUCGGCACGUGGUUUCUCCACCAUUACUUCUGCACAAAGACGUCUUCUGUUCAUCCUGAACAUUUUUAAAAAAAAAAAAAAUGCAGAAUUUUAUGUGACUGCUUUUUUGCCUCACAAUUAUGCUGUGAAUUUUACAAAAAUUUAUUUUCUUUUUUGAUAAUUUAUUGUACCAAAGCUGUUUUUAUAGCACAUAGAUGUCUGUAACCAAUAAUGUAGCAGUUCUGCACUUUGACACAAGGUGUAACUAGACCAUUUUUAAAUGUCAGUUGAAAAUUAUGGCUGUACUAUUGCUUAAACAAAACUGGAACUGUUGUUGAAUUCAUAGCCAAUACAUUUACAGCAAUCUGUGUACUGAAGAUAAUAGAUUGACAUCUACUUGGAGACUAUAACAUCUGUUACAUUAUCAAUGUGUUCAGGCUUCUGAAGGCAAAAGGGACACUUAGAACCAGAAGCUAUGAAACCAGCAGUUGAUUCUUGUAUUCCUUAUUAACAUAAUUGUAAACUUGAAGGCAAAAGACCUUGAUUGCAUGAACAGGUCCAAAACAAUAAGUUCUGAGUAAAGCAAAACACUCACAUGAGACCUGAGGUUAGCAGGCUGUAUUUAACAGGUGCCUAAUUUUUGGGUAACGCUGCCUUAAUAUAACACAGUCAGCUUGGCAGUUGCAAAAUUUAUGGGCCCAUCCAGUGAUUUGAUUUGGGGGGGGGGGGGGGGGGGAAAAAAAAGGGUAAAAGCUGCGUGAAAAACUCGGGAAAAGAACAAGGUGAAUCCCUCUGUUGCCCAUCCCAGAUGCCCAGUGUUGCCCAUCCUCUCUUACAGAAGCAGUGAUCUACCUCUGCCAGUAAGCCCUUGGAAAAGUUGAUUUAGCAGCAAAUGGUCGAUUCCGUGCGGCCAAGUCGUGGGUUGGGUUUUUUUUUUUUCCUUUUUCCGUGGAAAAGGUGGAAUUUUUUAAUACUCACAGUGGCAACGCAGCAGCUGACUCACCAUGUGAACGGGAACGAAAACCCUUGGGAUGCUCAUUUUUAUUUUUUUUUAUUUUUUUUUUUUUGGUAAAUCAUGGUUUCCUCGAUCAACCGAUUUCUUUUUGUAUCGACACAUCGACCCUGUGGAUGAAAGUGGGAUUUUUUUUUUUUUAAUUUUUUUAUUUUUUUUUGGUUCUGUUUCCUUUUGGUUUGGUUUUUUUUUUUUUUUUUUUUUUUGUCUUUAUGGUUUUCUUUUCGAAGCUCAGUAACUGGGAGAAGUUUACAGGAUUUGGAAGGCUGUCACCCUUAGAACCGGGAACGCUGAGUUUAGCAAUAUAUAUAUAAAAAAAAAAGGAAUCCAGUACUUACUGCUGUCUAGGAAUUAUAAGGGUAAUAUGAAAUCUGGGUAACAUUUCGUGUGCUCCCGUUGCCACACCUUUAGCGAGCACCCCCCCCCCAAAAAAAAAAACAAACAAAUAAAAGCAGUUGAAAGAAAUAAUAUCUCCAUCAAGAAGAAAUCAUAAAAAAAAAAAAAAAAAUAAUCCAGUGCUUCUGCAUACUGUGUUAUGUUACAGUCCAGUUUUGUGUGCUUUACUACACAGUUUGGUUACAGGACUUCUGUGCAUUGUAAACAUAAACAGCAUGGAAAAGGUUAAAUACCUGUGUUCAGAUUGUAAGAUCUAGUCCGGACUUGCUGUGUAUAUUGUAACGUUAAAUGAAAAGACAAGCCCUUUGUAUUAUAGUCAUGCAGUCUUAUGUAUGAUAAACAGUUGAAUAAUUUGUCCUCA